CCGAUUCUUCAUAAAUACCAUCAGUUAGGAGAUAUCAUCAUUGGAGGAAUUAUGUCUCAGAUCUACAUAUUUUCAAAUACAAUAACCUUUCAGGAACGACCUUCUACUGACCUUUUUUAUAAAAAUGAUCAUUUUAUUGCAAGCUGGACAUAUCAUGCCUCAAUGGAACUCUUCUCAACCCAAGGCAACCUCACCCCUAACUAUAAGUGUGAUACAAAAAACAAUCCAAUAUCAGUCAUUGGAGGACCUAAUUCAGAAAUAUUUAUCCACAUGGCAGCUAUCCUGUCAAUUUACAAGGUUCCACAAUUCACCUAUGGUUCUGCUGCUGAGUUAAGUAGGAAAAAUCAGAUUGCUUUUUACCACCAGAUGUUCUCUAAUGUUAACAGACAAUAUAGAGGAAUUCUCCAGUUACUCUUGCAUUUCCAGUGGAUGUGGAUUGGGGUAUUGUAUGACAAUGAUGACAAUGGAGAGAGGUUUCUCCAGAAUGUUGUUCCCAUGUUUUCUCAAAAAGGAAUCUGCUUUGAUUUCAUUGAAAGAUUCCCAGUAAUCACUUUUGUUGAUAACAUUGAUAAGAUGGUGACAGAAGGAUUUCAAAUAUACCAUGUUGUAACUGAAAGCACUGCCAAUGUUUGUGUUAUUUAUGGUGAUAUUAAGACCAUGGUAUUUAUAAGAAUGUUUCCCACCAUAUUACAAUAUGAGAAUGUUGCUGAAAUGGCAGUAAAUAAAGUUUGGGUUAUGUCAGCUCAGAUGGAGUUCACAUCUCUUCCCUUUCAAAAGCAUGAGAAUAUAGAUUUCCUCCAUGGUGUUCUCAGCUUUGCAAUCCAUUCCAAGGAGAUAUUAGGAUUCCAGAAGUUUCUUCAUAUGAGAAAACCUAUCUUGGAAAAGGAAGACAGAAAUGGUUUUAUUCAGCCCUUCUGGGAGGAAGCAUUCAAAUGUUCGUUUCCUGGAUCCACACUGGAUAGCCAAGCAAUAGUGACCUGCACUGGUGUGGAGAAGCUAGAGACACUUCUUUCAUCUAUUUUUGAAACAAGCAUGACUGCCCAUAGCUAUAGUGUCUAUAAUUCAGUCUAUGUUGUGGCACAUGCUUUAUACACUAUGCUUUCCUUGGGAGUCACGAAGACAGCAAGGAUCCAUAAGGGAAGACAGAUCCUUCUCAGUCAACUUAUCUGGAAGCUCAACUAUUUUGUGAGACAUGUCUGCUUUAAUAACAGUGUUGGAGAAACACUUUACUUUAAUGCAAAUGGGGAACUGGAAACUGGAUUUGAUAUUAUCAACUGGGUUAUAUUCCCCAACCAAUCCUUCUUUAGAGUCAAAGUUGGAGAGGUACAACCCCUGUCUUCUAACAAAGAAAUGUUCACUAUUUCAGAGAAAACCAUAAUGUGGACACACAGGUUUAAUCAGACACAGCCUCCUUCUCUUUGCAAUCCCAGUUGUCAUUCAGGCUAUAGCAAGGUCAAGCAAACAGGAAAGCCAUUUUGCUGUUAUCAUUGUAUACCUUGUCCAGAGGGGAAGAUUUCUAACCACAAGGACAUGGACAACUGCUUUCAGUGUCCACAAGAUCAUUAUCCAAAUGAGGAGCAAAAUUUUUGCAUUAUAAAAUAUGUAACUUUUUUGUCCUAUGAAGAACCUUUGGGGAUCACCUUCACCAGUUUUAUUAUUAUUUUUUCUAUCAUUACUAUUUUGGUGCUCUGGCUCUUCAUUAAACACAAUGACACCCCUAUUGUGAAAGCCAACAAUGAGACCCUCACCUACAUUCUUCUCAUCUCUCUCCUGCUCUCGUUUCUCUGUGCUUUGCUAUUUAUUGGUCGGCCUCAUCAAUGGACAUGUCUUCUUCGACAAGUUCUAUUUGGCAUUAUCUUUUCCAUAUCAGUUUCUAGCAUUUUGGCAAAGACUAUCGUUGUAAUUCUUGCUUUCAUGGCUACCAACCCAGGGUCCAGAAUUAGAAAAUGGAUGGGAAAGAGACUGGCUGUUUAUAUAGUUCUUUCUUGUUCUUUUAUUCAAACCAUUAUUUGUAUUGUAUGGCUAUCAACCUCUCCCCCAGUCCUAGAUGUUGACAUGUAUUCCAUGCCAAAGGAAAUUGUAUUGAUGUGUAACGAAGGCUCAACCAUCAUGUUCUACUGUGUCCUUGGUUUUAUGGGUUUCUUGGCAAUAAUCAGCUUCAUAGUGGCUUUCCUUGUCAGGAAGUUACCUGACACAUUUAAUGAAGCCAAAUUCAUCACCUUCAGCAUGCUAGUAUUCAGCAGUGUUUGGUUCACCUUUCUUCCAACAUACUUGAGCAAAAAAGGGAAAUAUAUAGUGGCCAUGGAGAUUUUUUCCAUUUUGUCCUCCAGUGGUGGACUACUGGCUUGUAUUUUCUUCCCCAAAUGUUAUAUUUUGAUAGGAAAACCAGAACUGAACAGUAAGGAACAGCUAAGAAGAAUAACAAUGGAGCAACUGAAAAUUUUCUGA